UCUUUGGGCCUGAUUUCCCCGACGUCCGGUGCCGCAUCGGUACUAGGCAUGUCCGGACCGGUCUGACCGGCCCCAUGCAGGCCACUCCGGUCCGCUGGCCCCUGGGCCGUGUCUGAUUUGAUCCCGCCCUUCCUGGGGGUUCCCCACGAGCGCCAAGGACUAGGGGUGCGUGUCCAGGCCGCACCCUACUGUCCCGGUUGCCCCAAGCGGAGCUCACCGUGCCAGGCCCAAACCCAAGACCCGAGUGCUCACAUCCGCCCGCCACAUACAGCGACCGUGUAUGGCAGGUGCCGUGUGCCACCUCACAGAUGGAGGGGAUGCAAGGGCCAAGGAUGGGGACGCUGAGGGAUCGGGGGCUUGUGGCCCACGAGGCCACCAACCAGAAGGAAACUGCAGUUUCAGAAAUGAGCUAGAAACGUCACUUGUGUAUGAAGCCCAUGUCGCUGAUCUUAAAAUAAGUAAGUUUUAUCGGCAAAGGUGUGUCAACCAAGCAUUUCUUACCAGUUAAACAGCAAACCUCGAAGCCGUGUGUUCGCAAACAUCUUGGUCUUUGCCUGCGGGGUGGAGGCUUGGGUCACAGUGAGGACCUCUGCCCUCUGCUUCAAAGCAGAGGCUUUGAGAUGUGUGAGUAAUGGCUGGGCCCCCAGACCACCUGCAGGCCUGACCCCAGGCUCGCCUCCUGUCCUGCGUUCUGGUGAGCUGCAGGUCCCUGGAGGGCCAGGACAUGCCCCAGAUGCCUUGAAGCUGAAUCACCCAGGCUGGCAAUGUCCCUGGGAGGCCAGGCCGCAGUCAACGCCCAUCCCCAAAAGGAAGGGUGGGUGGCCGCUGUGCUCCAGGAGUUGGGGCCUCCUGAGAUCUUGCGAACCCCAUCCUUGAGCCCCGCCCACAGUCCCGCCCCUCCCAGGAGGGAAAAGGCAGCUGCCAGUUGCUCAGCACACAGGCACCCGGCCCCGGCCCAGAGAACAAGAGGACAGCCUGCUGCCGCCACCACUUCAGGCCAAGCCAUGGACCCCCCUGAGAUGCUCGUCAAGGACCCGUAUGCCCAUGUCAGCAUCCCGAGGGCUCACCUGCAGCCCGAGCUGGGGCGGCAGCUGGAGGCAGCUCCAUCCUCCUUGGAGUCGCAGCCUCUGCCCGUGGGGUCCUGCACCCUGGAGCAUACCGAGGAGGCCCCAGGGCCCAAGGGUGCCAAAGGGGCCACUUCCAUCCAGGGCCAGCAGGCCUGCACCCCCCAUGGCAGUGGGCAGCGCCAGGCAGGACUGACCUACGCGGGCCUGCCGCCCACGGGGCGUGGCGACGACGUUGCCCGUCACUGCUGGUGCUGCCCUCGCUUCUGCUGCUGCCGCAGCUGCUGCUGUGUCAUUUCCUAGCCUGACCCCUGGGCCGCAGGGCCUGCUGCGGGACGCCCCCACAUGGCAAGCCCGGGCCUCUGCUCGGGGGGCCACAGCAGUGCCUGGACAGUUGGAACAGCCACUGGCCUGUUGUCACAGGUGUCGGCCACUCCCCACCCUGGACAGCGGCACCUACCCACCGAGAAGGCGGACAGCUCAGCGCCCAGCCCUGAAGCAGAGCCCUGGGUGCUGGCCACGAUGGCAGCCCCGGGGGCACCCUCGGCCACCUCUCCCAGGCGCAGGGCCACAGGCAAUAAAGCAGAGCGAGCUUCGCCCUGGCCACUCUCCUCCUUUGCCGCUACCCGCUUCGGGAGGGUCCCAGGCUAGGCGCCACCACAGGCUGCCAGCCUCAAUGGGACGUUCCGGGCUGGGGCAGCCUCACGACAACCGAACCUGCACUGCACUCUCAGUUUGGCCCAGAGGCUGGACAGGAGGGCCGGUCAGGCCUGGGUUUGAGCUGCCCUGCAUUCGCUGGGGCUGAGGGUGAGCCUGGGAGACAGGUGAGUGUGCGGGUCAGACAUCAGGAGCGUGCUGUGCCUGGAGCCAGGAGUAGAGCCCGAGAGAAGCCUCCAGGAGGAGGACCGUGCCGGCAGCGCAGUGGUGGGUGGCACCAGCGUGGGCAGGUUUCCAGGAGUGGGAGCCCAGGUGGCCAGCCCACCAAGCCCUGCCCACCCGUGAGUCACUGCCCUGCCUCGGCGGGGGUGUUUUUCGGUUUCCCACAGAACACCCAAUUCCUGAACAUCUGCUGUGUGCUGCUGCCGCUGGCCUGCCUCUGGGGCCUGGGCUUCGUGGAGGUGGGCAGAGAAGGCGCUGGGCCAGACCCACCUCCCGCCUGUCCAAGCAGCACAGCGCACCUGCGUCGGGGGCAUGUGGGGAGCUGAGCCAUUUGGCACCCCCCGGGGGUGAGGCCGGUGUGAAGACUGAGCGGCGAGGCCGGUAGCGGGCACACUGACGUUUCCGGGACCGGGCAGAGAGAGCGGGAGGAGGUGGCCAAGCUGGCCCCGCAGGAUGGACGGGUCCUGGUGCCAGCCCUCCCCUGACCCCGGGUGACUGGCCACACGGCAGGACUGGUCCUGGGCGUGGGCAGGCGUGUCACUGGCCUGACUCCACGGAGCUCAGGCUCCCGGCCUGCCCCAUGACUGGCCCGCACAGGAAGAUGACCCCACCUGGGCCAGCCACCAAAACCCGUCUGACCGGCCCAGAAGGCGGGGGCCUGCCACGAUGGCUGGAGUAAGGAGGGGACCCUCUGGGCCUGGCUUCCUCUAGCGGGACGGAGAGGGUUCUGGGGUCCCGACCUCAACCCCACCCUUCCCAACACACCCCAUUCUGCUAUGUCACUGGGCUGGCCCCAGGGCUUUGACCAGGCAGAGGCCAGGGGGAGGUGGCCUCUGAGGAGGGCAUCCGGAGCUGCCCACGGUGCCUUGCACCUCAGAGAGUUUCUGGGUGGUCUCUGUGUGAGUGGGGAAUCUCCACUCCUGUGCUUGAGGGCCUCCUUGGAGCCUUAUGGGGCUGGCUUGUGAUGGGAACAUGACAGCCCAGACAGGGACAAAGGCAAUGGGACAAAUCAACAUGGACACACACACUGUGCUUGAGCCACAGAGCAGAAGGACCCCUCAGAGCACUGAGCUGGUGGGGGUCCUGGCAGGCUUCCUGGAGGAAGUGACGCUUGAACUAAGAGCUGAAGAACAGGCAUCACCCAGGUCACAGCCAAAAAGCUUUCCCAUCGUGAGGUGGGGGUGGAGUAUGAGUGCGGGUGGGGUGGGCGCAGGUCUGGGUGGACGAAGCGGGAAGAUGGGCAAAGUUGAGUUGCAAAGCCAGGCCUGGGUGAGGGGUUAGUGGAGCCGGGUCUGCGCGUGAAGGGGGCGGGGCAGGCGGGGGGGGCCCUUAUCUCCUGAUGAGUUGGUGGUGCUGGUGGAUCCAGUUGCAAGCUCUUUGUGGCUGAAAGGGGAGCCCACGCCUGCCCACAGCCACCACCUGCCUCUCUGCUGACUGGCCCGUGGUAGGCCAGUAACGCGAGCCCCAAGGAGGGAGCCGCAGGGCGCCCUGGGUCCCCCCUACGCCCAGCCACCCUCUGGCUGGACAUAGCCACCCAGCAGAGCAGAUGCAGGUAAGAGACGCCUGGGGCUCAGGCAGGCUGGGGUGGGUUCGGGCCUGGGAUGGCACAUGAGAGCCACAGAGAGAGACCAGACAGCAGGGCAGGAUGCUGCCCAGCAGCCGCCACAGGGACCCAGGCUGUGC